UAUUCUCUAUGGGGAUUCCAUUCUGGUCCAUUAUUCUCUAUGGGGAUUCCAUUCUGGUCCAUUAUUCUCUAUGGGCAUUCCACUUCCCUGUUAAAGUCUAUGGGCAUUCCUCACUGGCAUUCCUUUUGGUAUGUCCCUUUCUCAGGUAUCUGCACUGGAAGCCUUUCUCCCAGCCUCUACUACAUAGACCAGAAUCUCUGUUCCCACGUGAGUGCAGGACACAUCUCUUUCCCCGCACCGUGCACACACAGCGGUAACUGCCGGCCACUUCCUGCAGCUGGUGAGCUCAGUGUUUCCUCAUUUCCGAGCUCCGGCGCAGGCGCAGUACACAGGAGCACAGCUCCGACCCGCCGUGUGGGUGUACUCGGUGCAGGCACAGUCCUCUCUCCUCUGGCAUCUCACUUCCUGUGCCUGCAUCUUGCUGCUUUUUAUCUGAACGCCGAGGACUGCCGUGCAGCAUGGAGAUAUCGGAGAGCAUGAACAAGAAGGUGAAGCUGAGCAGCAAGCUGCAGAGCUGGGGUAUGCAGCGGUCAACCAAUGUUACCUACCAAGCUCACCAUGUCAGCAGGAACAAGAGAGGACAAGUUCUCGGAACAAGAAGUGGUUUUCGGGGCUGCACAGUGUGGCUGACAGGUCUUUCUGGUGCUGGAAAGACAACUGUCAGCAUGGCAUUGGAGGAGUAUUUGGUGUGUCACGGCAUUCCUUGCUAUACUUUAGAUGGAGACAACAUUCGGCAUGGACUCAGCAAAAAUCUUGGCUUCUCCCAGGAAGACAGAGAAGAAAAUAUUCGCCGCAUUGCAGAAGUUGCCAAGCUGUUUGCUGAUGCUGGCCUUGUUUGCAUUGCUAGUUUCAUAUCUCCGUAUGCCAAGGAUCGUAACAAUGCCCGGCAAAUUCAUGAGGCUGCUAGUCUGCCGUUUUAUGAAGUGUUUGUGGAUGCCCCUUUGUAUGUCUGUGAACAGCGAGAUGUCAAAGGCCUGUAUAAAAUGGCAAGAGCUGGGGAAAUCAAAGGUUUUACCGGAAUUGAUGCUGAAUAUGAGAAGCCUGAAUCACCGGAGUUGGUCUUAAAAACAGAUUCUUGUGACGUAAAUGACUGCAUCCAACAAGUUGUCGAGCUAUUGCAAGAAAUGGAUAUAGUGCCGGUAGACGCGUCUUAUGAAGUCAAGGAGUUGUAUGUUCCUGAGAACAAACUUCAGCUGGCAAAGACGGAUGCUGAAACCUUGCCGGCAUUGAAAAUAAAUAAGGUUGAUAUGCAAUGGGUUCAGGUACUGGCGGAAGGCUGGGCAACACCUCUUAAUGGCUUUAUGAGAGAAAGGGAAUACUUACAAUGCCUUCACUUUGAUUGUUUGUUAGAUGGGGGUGUCAUCAACCUAUCUGUGCCCGUUGUGCUGACAGCAACCAAUGAGGACAAGCAAAGACUUGAUGGCUGCACAGCUUUUGCACUGGUUUAUGAAGGAAAGCGAGUGGCCAUUUUACGUCAUCCUGAAUUUUAUGAGCACAGGAAAGAGGAGCGUUGUGCCAGGCAAUGGGGGACUACCUGCAAGGAGCACCCAUAUAUUAAGAUGGUGAUGGAGAGUGGAGAAUGGUUGGUGGGUGGAGACCUGCAAGUCCUCGACCACAUUUAUUGGGGUGAUGGAUUAGAUCAGUACAGGCUCACACCAGCUGAACUUAAGCAAAAGUUUAAAGAUCUGAAUGCGGAUGCAGUCUUUGCCUUCCAGCUGCGUAACCCUGUUCACAAUGGGCAUGCACUACUGAUGCAGGAUACUCACAAGCAGCUGCUGGAACGGGGCUACCGACGACCAGUGCUUUUGCUUCACCCACUGGGAGGUUGGACAAAAGAUGAUGAUGUACCCUUGAUGUGGCGUAUGAAGCAGCAUGCUGCUGUCCUUGAAGAAGGUGUACUUGACCCAGAGACCACAGUGGUAGCCAUCUUCCCAUCACCAAUGAUGUAUGCUGGUCCAACAGAGGUCCAGUGGCACUGCAGAGCUCGCAUGGUGGCAGGAGCUAAUUUCUAUAUUGUCGGGAGAGACCCUGCCGGAAUGCCACAUCCAGCUACUGGAAAGGAUCUGUAUGAGCCUACACAUGGAGCCAAAGUACUUACCAUGGCUCCCGGUUUGAUCUCUCUGGAAAUUGUCCCAUUCCGUGUGGCUGCUUAUAACAAGAAGAAAAAGUGCAUGGACUACUUCGAUUCUGCUCACGCUGAAGACUAUGAAUUUAUUUCUGGAACUCGAAUGCGCAGACUGGCUCGAGAAGGGCAAAAUCCACCUGAUGGUUUCAUGGCACCAAAGGCCUGGACUGUGCUGAAAGAAUACUAUAAAUCUUUAGAAAAAGCUUAAGUUGAUCUAGCAUUUUUCAUACUAUACUUUACAUGGACCACAAUAAUGCUUUUCUUGGUUGUGGCUUCCGCCAUUUGUUCUACUUUAACGUAUGCUUUGCUUUUUGUUUGCUAUCCGGUUCAAUCAAGUGUGAAAUAGUUUGCAGUCAGCAAGCCUCCUUUCUAAUGCCGAACACUAUCAUUGUGUGUGAUCUUACAUCUUUAGUUACACUAACUUAACACUGAGUCGCUGGCGACUAAUAUAUUAACGCAUGGAUGUUCCUUAUUUACUUGAAGAAUGUCCUAAAAGAAUGGUCCAAUUAAACCCGCUUUUCCAUUAUUCUUUUAAAAAUUUCUUGACAAUUUGUAGACUCUCAGCUUUAAAGCUUUAACUCAUGAUGCUACAUAAAGUAUUUGUUACACAUUUUAUAUGUUUAUCAUGUAGGCAGUACACAUUCACUGUUACAGUUUGUAUUAAGAUCAGACAUUACACACACAUUAAUAAUCUGUACUAUAUUACAAAUAUGCAUGUGAGCUUCAUAGAGAUCAAUGGCCCAUGUAUGAACAGAGUACAGCACAAUAUUGUUCAGUUACACUAUGGAGGACGUCCAAAAGCUAAUUCACCAUUAAUAAAUGCAUUCAGAUGGAAUCACAGACUUUUUCAUGUAGCUCCUUCUAAUGCACUCCUGAACCUGGCUGUAUAGAUGCCUUGAAGCUAUACAUUGUAUAACCAAAUGUACAAACCAUACAUAGUCAAGGCAUAAUGGACAGUAUAGAUCUAUACAUAUUUCAGUAAGUUGACCAAUAAAGUGCCAGGUGUAGUUAUGUAUGUGUAGCUCCACAAUUAUUGCAGCAUUUGUGGAUUGCAUAACAAAGAGGUACACCGCAACCAACAUGACUUUCAGUAUUGUAUGAUCCUUGACUUUGCUUAAUGGCACAUAUGGAAGUGUAGCCAGAGAGUACAUUUACAGUUAUUUUAUACAAGCAACUAUCAACCCAUUGUGCUUACUGUGCAGAGAACCACGUAUGGCUGUACAUUGCAGGCAAAUUGAACUCUCCUAUUACAGUGGAUAUUGUCUUCAAACAUUGCAGGCAGUAUGAAUCAAAGGGGUACUCCAGUGAAACUCCAGUUAAACAGAUUUGUAUAUUACUAUAAAAUCUUUGUUAAAUUACUAUAAAAAAAAAAAAAUCUUAAUCCUUCCAGUACUUAUUAGCUGCUGAAAUUCUUUUCUUUUAAGAUUUCUUUCCUGUCUGUCCACAGUGCUCUCUGCUGACACCUCUGUCCAUGUCAGGCACUGUCCUGAGCAGGAUAUGUUUGCUAUGGGGAUUUUCUUCUGCUCCGGACAGUUCCUCACACGGACAGAGGUGCCAGCAGAGAGCACUGUGGACAGACAGAAAAGAAAUCCAAAAAGAAAAUAAUUUCCUCUGAAGUAUACAGCCACUAAAAAGUACUGGAAGGAUUAAUAUUUUUUAAUAGAAGUAAUUUACAAAUCUGUUUAACUUUCUGGCACUAGUUGAUUUAAAAAAAGGUUUCCACCAGAGUACCCCUUUAAUGACCAUGGAAGUGUAUACUCGUCCAUGUGCAAUUAACGGAGUAUGGCACGGGUUCCCGACUCGAGCCCGCAUCAUACUGACCAGCCCCCAGCUGACUCCUGUAGCUGGGGGCCGACGUUAAUAGCUGACAUGCGGCGCUCGCCGUGGCCGGCUAUUGACCCUUUAGAUCGCCGCUGUCAAAGCUGGAAGCGGUGUUUAAAGGUGCCUUUAUCCAGUCCCUAGUAGUCCAGUGGAGUGGAUUGACCCCAACCCCCCCCCCCCCCCCCCCACCACAGCGCGAUCGCGGGGGGCGAUCCACUGCUGAGGUAGCCGGAAGGCUGCUGCUGCGACUCUGACAAUGAUAAAGCCUGGCAGGACUGGGCUUUAUCAAUCGAGCGCAGAGCAGACAGAUCAAAGUGAUUUUAUGGAACCACAUUGAUCUGUAUGAGGAUUCAUAGGAUUCCUCCUAAAAGUCUCCUAAGUGGACUAAAAGUGUAAAAAAAUAAAAAUAAAAAAAUUAAAAAAAGUUUAAAAACACACAUUAACCCUUUCCUUAUUAAAAGUUAAAACCACCCCCUUUUCCUAAAUUCCAUAUAAAAAGAUAUAUAAACAUAAUAAAAAUAAACAUGUGGCAUCGCCACGUGCGUAAAUGUCUGAACUAUAAAAAUAUAUUUUUAAUUAAACCGCACGAUCAAUGGCGUACGCGCAAAAAAAAUCCAAAUUACAAAAUAACGUAUUUUGGUCACUUUUUAUACCAUAAAAAAAGGAAUAAAAAGCAAUCAAUAAGCCCAAUUAAAACUUCAGAUCACGGCGCUAAAUAUGAGCCCUCAUAUAGUUCCGUACAUGGAAAAAUAAAAAAGUUAUAGGGGUCAGAAGAGGAUCAUUUUAAAUGUAUUAAUUUUCGUUCAUGUACCGUAGUUAUGAUUUUUUUCAAAAGUAUGACAAAAUCAAACCUACAUAAGUAGGGUAUCAUUUUAAUAGUAUGGACCUACAGAAUAAAGAUAAAGUGUAUUUUUUACCGAAAAAUGCACUGCGUAAAAACGGAAGCCCCCAAAAAUUACAAAAUGGCGUUUUUCCUUCAAUUUUGUCGCACAAUGAUUUGUUUUUCCGUUUCAACGUACAUUUUUGGGUAAAAUGACUGAUGUCAUUACAAAGUAGAAUUGGUGGCCCAAAAAAUAAGCCACCAUAAGGAUUUUUAGGUGCUAAAUUGAAAGGGUUAUGAUUUUUAAAAGGUAAGGAGGAAAAAACGAAAGACGCUUGGUCCUUAAGGGGUUAAAGCUGCUUUUAUGCCAGAUGUACCAUAUAUGCCAGGAUAUCUACAGGUGUAUACAGUAAAUGUAUGCAUGAACCCCCAUUACUUUUCCCUAUAGCAGGGCCCAGUAAAAAAAAAUUUUAAACAUGGAAAUCUAUAUAUGAUUGAUGCCACUAAGUGAAAUCCAUCAUAGCUAUGUGGUAUUGGUAAACAUUAUGAAUUACCCAAAAGUAUACCUCCAAUGGACUCUACUCAAUGCUGUUGAAAGAGAGUAUCCACUCUAAUGAGACCUUUUAUAUUUUGCUUGUCGUCUUUGCCUGAGGGUGCAAGUACUCUGCAGCAAGCCAUACACUUCUCGCUUCUACUCUUCAGGCAUGCCGUGGUUAUUGUCUCUACAUACAUACCAGAUAUAUAUAGAUACCAUAUAUGUUAAGUUGGUACGCCAUUCACUGUAUUUUCUCAAGGUGGCGCAGGUCAAUGAAAUUGUGUUUUAUUUUGAAAUGUUAAAUAUUUUCUAUACUGUAGUUUGGGCUGUCAAACAACUAUUUUAUUGUAUACAGUUAGGCAUUUCUGAACCCCAUCCUUACUUUUCGGUUUCUAAUGACUAUGUAUUUCUCCGAACAUUCACUGUUUUACUCUUUAGUGGCAGCUGUUGCUUUAUCAUUCUUUUACCAAAACUACUUCAGAUUUAUUUAUUUCAUGCUUAUGAACACAGAUAGGAAACGCUUUGUUUCAGCUUAAAGCGAGACAAUUUGAUCAGAAUAUUUUCCUUUUAACUUCCAUUAAGGCAUUUAUCUGUUAACUGGGCACUGUCAUUAAAUUUUUAAAUUUUUCUUUGCAUAUGAUACAGCAGGUAAAAUAAAUAAGAUUUGUAAUGUAGUUUCAUACACAGGCAGCGAGUGAGUGCUAUUCACUGCCCAUGGCCAGACUGAACUUCCUAAAUUUGGUCUGGCAGGAGACCAAAAGUCUGAGCAGAAGGAAUGCGGUCUGGACCAGAAGGGAGACCCAUAGUGGCCAGAUUAAUAAGGCCAUGAAAGUGACAUAAAAAUGCUUUUUUUUACAGGGAGUAAAUUACAAAUCUUAUUUAUUUUACCUGCUGUAUCAUAUGCAAAAUAAAAAAAUAUUUAAUGACCGUGCCAUUUAAGUAUUUUUGCAGUUCUUCUUUUUUAAAUACUUUUUUCUUUUAAAGCGUCUUCUCUAUUUUUUUUGUCUAGUUUUUAAGCUUAUUGCCCAUUUCCGUACUGUUUUAAUAAAAUUGUGCACAUGCUAUUGA